AUGCAGCUUGCGCCAGGAAGCACGGCAGACCAAUGGUUUGAUGAAAGCAUCCUAUCAUGCAGCUCAUUUGCGCAUCUCCACCGAGAAUUCAUGCUAAGGUGGCCGCCACCAAAACCACCACAGUACUCCCGAGCGCAACAGAAGGAACGAGUGAUGGCACAGACGUUGAAAGAGGAAGAUAUUGGAGUAUGGUUACCAGGGGAACCUACAGGCAACUAUGGACAACAAUUCCCUCAAGACGUGGAGAGUGUACCAGCGGUCAAACUAAAGAGAGCCAAGGAAGACCUGAACAUGAACCGCACGCGAGACGCCAACAUUGCACAGUUGAAGGCUCAGAACUCAUCAGCGCUCAAUACUAUUCCCUUCCAAUUUUCACACUUAUCCAUGGACAAUGGACGCCCAGCACAACCAUAUGUUCGAGCGUCACACGCAUACACAAACACUAUCCCAUUCCUUACACCACCCCCUAACGCAAACCCAAAUGCUAUAAUAAGUCAAGGAGCGUCGAUGGCACCAAUUAGCAGACCAGUACGGGGCGCAGGAAUGAACCCUAUGGGGUGGCGAGGCAACCCAAUCAUGCGCACAGCCUUUACAAGGGCGCAGAUUAUGGAGAAGCUGAAUGCAGUACUGCAACGCCAGAACACAGAGGCAGGGGUACGUCAGUAUGAGGCGGAUGUGAACACGUGGCAUCGCAUGCACGGCACGAAAGGAGUCCCAUCCCUAGAACGGCCAUAUCUAUUACGUCCUGGCACAGCAAUCGUCGGAUCAGUUACAGAACCGACGCACCUCAGCUCACAGUGCGUCACGACCAAAACCCUCCGGCCCCAAGAGUCAAGGUGGCGCCAGCACGUAGCAGCAAUGUUACGACGGGCAGUUCCAGGGCAGAUAACGACCCCCACAUAUACGAUAGCACACGCUACGCAAGCAGUACACCCGUACUAUCAGCAAUAUGGGGCCCCAAUGACACCACCAGUGUUCGCAGUACAAGAAGAACAGAACUGGUGGGAGCACAGCAAUGUGUGGGCACAACAAGAAGCAGGAUAUGAAUGGGAGCCGGAAAACUACGGGGGACCCCUACCUACUGUGGAGCAGUAG